CCUGAUCAUCAAGUGAUGGCGAGGGGAGCAGUAGCAGUGGUAAGGCCACUACUAGCAGAGGCUAGAGCUUGGACAUGUGCUCAACCGCCGAGAUCAACGGGGGUACAGGCAAGAAGCAUUGCCUCGACCUCGCGGCUGUCCUUUGCGGCACCACCAUCCAAGACAGCCGACCAACAAGAAGCUACAUCUUCUGACGACCCGCCACCUCCCACACCAAAGCCGAAGCGACGUGGACGGCAACCCGGCGCUGCAAAGGAGACGGCGGAUGAGACCGUCGCAUCAUCGUCAAGACCGCGAGCAUCGACGUUGGGGAAGAAAACGGUGAAGCGACGAAUCAGGUCAGAUGCCCCUAUUACGGCGCCCAACAGGAACGGUGCUCGGCCAAAGGGCCAGGUCGAGAAUCUACUGCCGGACCCGACGACGCCCUUUGCGCACCUGCCUGCCCCAACAUUCUGGCGAAAUGUGUUCAACACCGAGCGAGGCUUCCUCAAAGAUCAUCGCUAUUUUGUCGCAAACGAAGAUACGACGAGAGCGGUUGCAGACCGGCUCGACCUGUCACGAUUGAGGCAAGAGGCCGGUGGUGAAAAGCUUACCAUCAUCGAGUGCUACCCUGGACCGGGAUCGAUCACGAGGAGCUUGAUUCAAAGCGAACAUGUGGAUAGGAUCAUCGCAAUAGAGGAGAACGAAGGAUAUGCGGCGUUCUUGAAGCAACUCCCCUCGGACCCGACUCUAGAGAGAGUUGCGCAUCUAGAAAUCGUCAAAAAGUCACCGUAUCGAUGGACCACAUAUACCGAUCUCGUUGACGAAGGUAUGCUGGAUCACAUACAUGGUGUCAAGGAAAAGCGCCUUGUGCCACAGUCGGCUGGGUCAUACGAGAAAGCGACCGGGGCCAUUCACGAACAAGAGGAUUGGCAACGUUCCAGCCCGCUCGUCGUCUUGUUCACUCUCCCAAACGCAGUCCACGGCGAACAGCUCUUUCAACAGCUAGUCAGCGCCAUAGCCACGAGGCUCUGGCUCUUCCGAUUUGGAAGAGUCCGCAUGGCGUUUGUCUGUUCCGAACAUCUCGCCACGCGCAGUCUUGCUGAGCCAGGCGAGAAGCUCCGGACUAGACUGUCUACUUUCUGUGAUGCCCUCACAGACCGCAAAAUGCUUUUGAACUCUUCGCAUUUUGAACCACUCCAAUCACACAUCUGGCCAACGACAUCUACCGUGGGCGCACAGCUUCCCGUCUCUAGGCUACCUGGGCAGGUAUUCAACGCACCGAGCGGGAAGACCAAGGAGAAACUCUGUUUCUUAUCCUUGGAGCCCAAGACCCGACCGCUGUUGUCGGAGGAGGACAUGGAGCCGUUUGAAUUCAUUACCAGGAACCUCUUUGUCCUCCGGUCGACGCCUGUUGGUGAAGCUCUCAAACACGUCGCGCCGGGUGCCCAAAACGUUCUCAACAUGCUCUCGACGGACCAUCCCGCCAUGAGGAAGCUCAUCGAAAACGUCAACAAGGACAAGCCUGAGCACGAACAGAUUCUUCCUGACAACUUUCGCAUCGAUCCAGAGACGUUCGUCAACGACUUGACGAUCCACCAAUGGGUCGCCCUGGCCAAGAUGUUUGACCGGUGGCCAUUCCGACCAGAAAAUCUUCUAGAGGAACAGAUGCCGUCUAGAAUUAGAAGAGACCGAUAAUGUCGGUGCUUUUCCUUUUGUAUCACUAGUUUGACAAUCAUAGACACUGCCCAUUGAACGUGACCAACCCACUUCAUGGAUG